GGAGGCGUUAUUUUGACAGACGUUUUGUCUUGAACGGCUUGCCAUACCCCUAACUGGGCAACUCUGUUAGCAAAAUCUAGCCCCAGUUUCCGACCUCUGCACAUUACGUGACGUGAAUGACACGGAAUGAUGAGGUUUUCACUCGGAAAAAGGUUUUUCCGAAGCCCAUGAACGCUAGGUAACUCCCUCUCCGAAAGUUGUCAAUAGAGCUUACGUCAGAUCCUCUUCACGCCGAGGAGUAAAGUGUAGUUGAUAGUGGGCUAAUGUUAGCCUGUCAACUAUCUAGCUUGGUCGUUUAAUGUUAGUAGACGUCUGCCCAGAGUCCUCAUUGUACAACUGCAUAGCCUUAAUCAUCAGUGCGUAAAUCACUCUUGUUUUGCUUUUCAAUGUCUUGUUUUGUAAAAACAACUUUAAUCGGAUAUUAACCGAGUAGCUAGCUCUGGUUGGCUAAUGUUGACGAAUUAAAUGAGCUCGUAUUUCAGAUAUAACGUUAGCAAGUUAACGUUACUGUAAGCGGUUAAGUCAACGAAACCAUUCUAGAUGGGAAAUGUUCACAGUGACAGACUUCACUGCAACCUAUGUAAACGUGACCAAGUCAACAAAGUUUAACAUUAAAUAAUGAAAGAAGUUGGAUUGUGUGUAACGUUACUGGCGUCUUUGGAGAAGGUCUGGCUACCCAAGGCCUGUGCAUUGAAACAAUAACAUCCGUAUAGGCGGGCUAAGCAGCAACUCUAGCCCGUGCACGAGGCUCCAUCCCCGGUCCACGAGGCCAAUUGAACGCGCCGAGUGUAGAGGUAUGGGAAAUGGCCUGGAAGAGAAUAUAACUGAUCUGACUGGCUGAAAAACUAGUAGAAAAAUAGUACUGUAUUUGGUAUUCAAAUAAUUAUCUGUUACGGAAAGAAUGUGCACCUCGUUGGUUAAAUUAGGCUAUUGUGUAAUUAAGUCCUAUAUCCAUAGAUAACGUCACGGGGAUUCAUGUUAGCUAGUACGUGACUGACGGUCAUCGUUAACGUAGCUUAGGUUACAGGCUUACUUGUGUUUGUAUGCUAGCUAUCAUAUUUUAUAAGUGGUGGUGGUGGUUCGCUGGCAAACUGACAUCAACAUUGAGGCUAUUGAGUACCAGUCACUCGUUAGUUUAACCUGUAAACCGAGACAAGCGUAACCUGCAAUAGAUGUCAGAUUUUGCACUAUGAUUAGGUUUAAUACUAAAUGAUAAUUCGUAACUAACUUAUAACCCGAAAAUUCCUUUUCCUAUUCGUUGACCGUAAAAUUGAGCUUUUCUGCCUGGUUGACAUUGUUAUUUGAGUGCAUCAAGUAGUUGUAGGGAGCUGCUUAGUUACAGAAGAAUGAAGGUGCAAGUGGACACAAGUCAGGCUAAAUCGGGUAGCUUUCCAGCUGUAUCUUCGCAUCUCACGGUCUACCACAAGGACGUGACCGAGAACAUCGACAGUCCUAGACGCCUUGUUUUCCAGAGUUCUAUCGCUCUCUCUGAACUACCAAAUGGGGCCUCAGCUUCAGGCUCAAUGGUGGAUAACACAUCUCACAGCGAAUGGAAUGACUUACACAUUAGGGAUGAACUGAGAGUAGUCUCAGAGGACAGUAGAGCUUUAUCUGAAGUUUGUCUACAGAAUGCAUCCAGCGAUGAUGAUGACUUAAGCUAUGAAGUGCAACAAGCUUACAGAAUAUUCCACGAUUUUCUAUUAGAGAAGCACAAGGCCAUCACAGCUCCCCUUUGGAACCCAGUUGGUAUACAGGACAACUCACUUGCAGACUCUGUGCAACAAGGAAUGUGCUUCAAGAGAAUAGAUGAAAAGUUUGUGAACCGGGAGUAUGACAGUAUCACAGACUUUGUGGCUGAUUUCAGGCUGAUGCUUGAGAACUGUUAUAGGUUCCAUGGUGUUGACCACUGGAUUUCAAGACAGGCACAGAAAUUGGAGAUAAUCCUGGAACAGAAACUCACUCUGCUGUCAAGAGUCCUUCGGGAAAAAACUAGUCUAGCAGUAACAUCCAAAGGCCGUUUUGGCACAGAGGAUGAGAAGGGAUUAGUAGGUUCAUCCUCAAGACGUAGAUCUAUGCCCCGUAGCCUGGUUUCUGUAACAUUGGGAGGCAGUGAGUCCAUCAUGGUGCAGGCUCUUCGUUUAGAGGAGCAACAAAGAGCUAAAGAAGAGAAGAGGCAGCGAGAACAGGAGAAGAGAGAGGCAGAGGAGGCAUCAGCGAAGGAGGUGGUGGAGUGGGAGCAAAAUCUUCUAUCUCAGGCAGCUCCAUGGCCAGUUGAUACACUGUGGGAGCUUCCUGCUAUUGGCCACUUUCUUUGCCUUGCCCAGACAGCACUCAACCUUCCUGAGAUCAUCUUUUUUGAGCUGGAACGUUGCUUGCUCAUGCCACGCUGUAGCUCUUUCUUGGCCAAGAUCAUGACCUCAUUGCUUUCUCAGCCCUACCGUAGGUCUACUAUCCACCGCAGGCCGCCCCUCACUUAUCGCCGCUGGGAAGCUGAGUUGCGUCAGCGAGUGCUUGGCUGGUACCACUCCAUUGGGCAAGCAGAGAAUCAGGCCGCCCGUGCUGAGCAGUUGGGACUCUGCAACCAGUUUUUCCAGACACUUGGUGAGACAAGUCCUCUUGAGGAGGCAGCCUUCCAUCUGCUGCCAUUCUACCAGCGUGUAUGGCUCCUGAAGGGGCUCUGUGAUAAUAUCUAUGAGACACAGAAGGAGGUACAAGAUGCUGUGUUGGGACAACCCAUUCAUGAGUGCAGGGAGUCCAUCCUUGGAUAUGACAGCCAUGAAAAUGCCUAUAUUCACUUUCCACAUUUCUGCGGAGCUGACUUGCGGAUCUACUGCCAGAGCCCCUGCACAGCUCCUGAUGUACCCCCAAACCUGGUCUGUGUGAGGAAGGUAAACAGUAACAGACCAGCCAAAACAUCUUUGCCAUUUGAUGACAUGAUGGUAAGCACUGCAUCUGAAGAAAAGUGUGACUAUGAAAAGCAAAGAGGAUUUUGCUUCAGAGAAGGGGGGAAGGAGAGAAUAGCUUGCCGAGAUGAAGUUAAUUGUGUAGGAAAAUGCAAGGUUGAGGCUGAGCAGAAGAGACACAGUGCCUUCUUGUUUAGCUGCAGAACAGACACUUGUGUGUCUUGGGCUACCAAAGGGGAGCCAGGGAGUGUGGUGAACAGACUUCAGCUGACACGGGAUGUAGAGCCCUCUUCUGAAAGUGAGCCUCAGCUCCAGGAGGGAAACUGCUGCUUCAAAGGGAAGUCCUCAUCAAACUUCUCAACCACAGAGUUCCAGGAGGGGUUAAUAAAACCUGGAAAUGUGUGUUCUCAGGCAAACUUACUCCUUGUGAGAGGCCAAGACCCUUGCUCUGAAUGUUCCAGAACUGCAGAGAUGAAGUCAGAGUAUACUUCCUGCAGUUGUUCUAAGAUCCAACUUGCUUCACAAACCUCCAGGCUUCAUGAGCAGGCAAACCAGCAGCAAAUGCACACUAAAAAAAAAAGAAAGAAAAAGACAAUCACAGAACUGAGGACCAAAGGUUGUCGAGGCAAAACAGGUACAGUGAGGAUUGGACAGGUCAUAGCAGCCAAGAGUACACUGCGAAAAGCAGCCUGCACUAUUAAGAAGAAGGACAAGAGGAAAAAGAGAAAGCUAGGAUUACACCAAAACUCCAGGCCUGAUUUUCAUGAAAUCAGGUUUUGCGGCUUCCUUUACGUGACAUCAGCCCCCCACAAAGGGAAGAAAUUCAAAUCCAGAAACAUGGCAACAAAGAAGAAAAAAGAGGUGCUGGCAUUGCCACUUGAGCCCACAUUUAAGUUGGUUUGUACCAGUCUGGAGGAGUUGAGGGAGCUCAUUAGUAAAAUAGAAGAUGAGAUGGAUGAGCUGGAAAGCACAAAAAAGAAAUCUGGGAGGUGGCAUUACAGAAGAGAGGCUGUGAAAGAGCUACACAUCACCCUUAUUAGACUACUUAAUGAGCUGUCACCAUGGGAACCAAAACUCAUCAGAGCCUUUCAGAAGAACAGGGUACGACUGAAGAAGGACUAUGAUGAUUUCAGAAAACAUCCAGAGUAUGAUGUUUUUGUUAGAGAGGAAUUGCUGGUGGAAGAGGAAGAGUUAAGGCCACUCAAAUGUGUCAAUUCCCCAAUGGAUUUUCCCACAGAGACUGACGAGAAUGACAAAGAGGAGAAACCUGGAGAUAUAGCAGUUGAUGGACCACAGCAACUGGUGGCAGAAAUGAUGGGGAACAUCUCUACAGUCAGGCGGGACCUCUUCCCUCUUACAGAGUACCAACCUUCCAUACAUAGGUCUAAACGUCGAACUUGCAAUAUUGAGGAGGAUCCAAAUCAAAACAAGAAGAUCAAGGUGAGCACAGAAGACUCUGCAAUAUUUUGCAACAAGAUGAAAGACAAUCCCAGAAAUGAGAACUCCACCACACCCAACCACCAGUUCUCUGAGACAAACCCUACUUUGAACAUACCCAUGACAGGUGUCCAUAGAAGCUACAAACCAAUCCAAGCAUUGCUUGCAAAGAGUGUGGGAAACAAAGUGACCUUAAUUAAACAAACUCCAGCAAAGGCUAUUCAUCACAUGAGCCAGGAUGAAAGCAAGGUUUCCCCUCUUGCACAGGCCAAUAAACUCACACAAACCCCUCAAAUUGAACUUCCUAAAGCAGCCCCAUCUAUCAGGCUACCCAUCACAUCUAAAUCGGCAACCGUUCCUAGAAGUCCUUUGCACAUGGUGUACAAGGUACCAGGGGGAUUGGGUCUUAUCAAGAGGGAUGGCAGUCCACUGAAGUUUACAGUUCAACCAGUGAUGGAUCAGAAAAAUGGAGAAAAAAUAAUGCCGAAGGUAGUUAUCUUGCCUACAAAUAUGCUCAUCAAAAAAUCAGAAAACUGUGACUCCAGGGAACAAGAGGGAAGCCCUGGCUGUAAAACGUCCUUCAUUAAUACUCCAGGCUUCAAUGUACCUGUUCAACAUGUAGCUCCACUUAAGGAUUCCCAAGAGAAGCGGGUGCACUCUCCAUCAGUCUCCUUGAAUUUGCAUACUCCAUCUACAUUGACCUUACAGGGUAACAGACCACUGAAAGUUGCAAAUUCAAAUAGGUCCCAUUUGGGUUUCAGUACAGAUCCAAGUCCCAGUGAAGCUGACGAUGUCAGACAAGAGCUUAAGACUGUGUGCAUCAGAGACUCACAAUCUAUCCUUGUCACGACCAGAGGUGGAAAUACUGGAGUUGUUAAAGUCCAGACUUCUGACACACCUGGUACAUUGGCUGCCAAUCCUGUUUUCACUCUUUCUCCUCAAUUCCAAGCUCUCUUAGUGUCCACAUCCUCACCAUCUGUGGCAGUGCCCUUGUCAGCAGAACACAGGGCAAGUACCACGGUAUCUCAGCCUUCUACUCUAACAUUCACAUCUCCUUGCAUAGCAAACCCGGCUAAUGCCUCUUUGAGUUCCUGUAGCAUAUCUUCUCAAAGUGUCAGUAGUAAUUGCAUAAUACCUGUUAUCUCACAGGCUAAUGUAAAUACAUUAAUAUCAGCAGAAACACUGCAGAUUACCCAGAACAAAUGUGUAAUCCAGGCACAUCCAGAACACAGGGUUACAGAUCGGAUUCCAUUUAAAAAGAUUUUCCUUGUUAACCCCUCAACUGGUGACUCAUCAAAGAAUACUACGCACUCCAACGUCACAUCUGUGCCACAAGGAUCAAGACUUAUGUUUCUUAGUCAGAAGUCUGGCUCCUCUCUCUCUCCAGUUAUCAUUCCAAAACAGACUGUGUUUCCUGAGUCCACAACUGCAGGAUCAACUGCUGUCUCAAAUGCUGAAUCCAUAAAUCAAAGUCUAAACCAUACUGAUGGCAGCAGUGUGAUAACUGAGGACCCAGGUCUACCUCGUAGGUUGCACACACUAUUGUCUACUGAUUCUCCAGUCUCCAGCAGCAAACUUAGAUUAUCUGAAGUAUCCACAAACAGUUUUUUAGACUGUGUUUCCAGAGCAAGUGCAACAAGUUCAAGUAGUUUUGUAUUUGCUCAGAGUGCUACAAGUGGCAGUCUAAAGGCAAAUGCUACAAGAAAAGCUCAUUCUGACCUUUCUAAAAGUCCUCCACUUGUAUUGACUGCAGUUCCAUCUGAGCUCAGUUCUGAACUGAAGAAUGCCCAUUCCUCAGUAGUGCCAAUUUCAGUCCCCAGUCUUUGCAAGACAGCAGUGCAGAGUUCAAUUAACUUAAAAAAUAAAGACCUAGGUCUGUUGGCAGGAUCACAUAUUCCUUCCCCUGCAUCAACACAAUCUCCUCUUAAAUCCUCACCAGUAAUACCAUUCAGGGUUGUCCCCCCCCUUUCCGUGGGUAGGAGCACUAUGGUACAAACAGUUAACUCUGUUGUCUCUCAAACCACCUCCUCCAUUAGACCAUCAGCUGAACCCAAAUCUUCAACUACACCCAUGCACCAGAAAAUAGUGAUAAAUACUACUGCUCCUCUUGCACCUGGCACACAGAUCCUCAUCAACAAUGCUCGAUUUGUUGUGCCUGCCCAGGGCCUUGGACCUGGCAGUCAUGUUUUACUGAUUUCUAGCCCCUUGUCUGCUUCAGAACCUCGACAGAGUGCUAAUCUAACCAAAACACCUCCUCCUGCAGGGGCUAGUGUCCCUGUCUCUAUGUCAGUUUUACCAUCAUUGCAAGGACACAGAGUUUUGACAUCAAUAACCCAAUCCCCUCAUGCAAUGCUCAAGCUACCUGCAUCUACUGCUGUAAAACUGGGCCAACUAGGACCUGUGCCUGUUGCUCUUUGUCCACCAGCAACACCUUUGAGAACAUCAUCAAGUAGCACUGCACAUAUUCCUCAUUUAUUAAGAGCAGCUGUGUCCACAGGGAAACAGAAUAUGUCAAGUGCAUUGAAGUUUCCCUCUCUGUUGACCUCUGAAGGAAAUCUUUCAACUACUACGUCCAUUCAAGUAUUAGCCAACAGUGUACCACAGAUGUCCACUGCACCCUCACAGAUACAAGGAAGCCCCCUUUCUACAACAAAACAGUCCCAUUUUCAUGCAGCAUCUGUGAGCACAUCACCUAAACCACAUCUGGUGUCUAUGGUGGCUCCAUUUGGAACUGUAACCUCUGUAUCGACAACAGUUAUUAUGCCUUUUGCAAGUAGCUCAACAUCCAGAAUGCAAGCAAUGCCUGUUGCUACAGUACGGCCUAUUGGUAGCAGUUUCAACAAAAGACAGGCAACACCAAUCACAACUGUGUCUCCGUCAAGCAGCACAGUCAUUAUGGCCCCAUGCCAACCCAUUAGUAAUGUUACCUCAAAAUCUGUUCCUGUGUCUGUGGUUCUAGCAAAUUCUUCACAGGAUGAGGGAAAUACUUCAAUACAGAUUUCUGCUUCAUCUGCACUAACAAGCCUGUCACACAAUAGACUUAUGGUCAGUCCAGAUGGAGCCAUUUUGAACACCAUCAGAAAUCCUGCUCUAGCUACCAUACCUACUGUGCCCACGGUAGCGAAUAGCUUGGCCCUCACCACUUUAGGUGUUUUGGGACAGCCUACACAGAAGAUGUGAAUGUUGAAAUUACCACAGCCCACCCAAGGAGGACCCAACAGAUGAAAAGGAGUAUGUGUAACAUACAAAAAAAAAACAAUAUUCCAACUCUAAUAAGGCAAUAAAACAAAAUUUAUGGAAAUAUCUAAACCCCCAAAUCUGACUGUUGAAGCCAAAACAAAAAUUUCACUUCACACGAAGUGCAUACGGACACAUUUUGGCAAACAGGUCUUAACUGCUAAUUAUUUUAUAAAAUAUACUCUGAUGCUUGAAAGAAUUAUGAGGCCAGUUAUGUUAAAUUGUAGUCAGGAAGAUUUUUUUAUUCAGUUUAAUGCUAAGAAGUAGGACCCAUAUAUAAAACAUACAAAGUAUAGGGAAGAUUAUUUCAAAGGCCAUACACAGUCUUGAAAAUGAUAACUUACUUUCGAGAGGCCCUGGCAUCUAUUUUCUUACGGUAUCAAUUUAGUGAACUUGAUGGUGUAUUUGUACUGAAAAUUAGUUCAUGUAUCUUUUAUUUAAGGCCUGUGUUUUUCACACCAGAGUGACUGGGAGAACAGUAGACACAAGCAUUUCUGAAAAUGGGAUUACAUGAUUAUGUAAUUGUAUGCUUGUAAAUAUCCACAAUACUUGAAGUUCUUUCAAGUAUUGUGGAUAUUUUGGACCACUUGCAUUUUUGCAGACAUUGCAUUGAAAUAAACAAAGUACUUUGCACUCUGA